CACUUUUUCAUGAAUCAUGAGAUCUCUGUUAGCGUCGCGAAGCUUCACACUUCACAGUCACCGCUCGUUUGGUUCCAGGGAUUGGAUGAUUUUCUUUUUCUUGAGAGAAAGUGUUUAUGAUUUAAAGAUAUAAAUAUUUGUGAAUUGGGAGUAUUUUUCCUUAGGCUUUUUUUUGCUUUGAACGUGUUUCUAGUUUUCCCGAGAAACGUCCCGAAACGAGGGGGAAAAACAGAGAGAGCAUGGAAGAAAAACCUCUGAAUCUGCUUUAAGUUUGCUGUUUUCUCUGUUGUUUCGUUCUCUGAUCCUGCUUUAGUUUGCAUGCCGAGAGAGGCUGUUGCGAAUCGGCAACUUCUGUUAAGUUUCUGCCGGGGUAGAUUUUCCGAGAAGCCAAACGAAGUAGCUUCGAGUGAGGUUUUCGAAGAAUAAGUUUGUUUCGUUAUCAUCACAUUUGCUUGGCGAUGUUUGAGGCGUGGGUUGGCGGCUUUUGAAGCGUAAAGUUUUGAAGGAUUUUGACAUGGACAGUCACGAGGGACGGAUUUUAUAGAGCCUACAAUCCAGGCGGAAUGAACGUUCGGCGUUGAUAAUUAUUAAUAAGUCUUGUCAGAUUACAGUUAAUUGGAUUCUCUGGCGGCUUUAGAAAGUCGUGGCAAUGGCUUUCGAAUUGAUUCCAAUAUUCGCAAAGCUCGGAACACCAUCAACUUCAAAUCAUGCUUCUGUUGCGUCCAUGAAUCUGUUUGUGGCCCUUCUUUGCUCUUGUAUCGUGAUCGGUCAUCUGCUGGAGAAGAGCAGGUGGAUGAAUGAAUCCACCACAGCCCUUAUAAUUGGUCUCUGUACUGGACUUGUGAUCUUGCUUGCAAGAGGGGGAAAAAGUUCACAUCUUCUGGUCUUCAGUGAAGAUCUUUUCUUUAUAUAUCUUCUUCCACCUAUUAUAUUCAAUGCCGGGUUUCAGGUGAAAAAGAAGCAAUUUUUCCGUAACUUCAUCACUAUUAUUCUCUUUGGUGCAAUUGGCACCAUUAUUUCCUGGUUUGUGAUAUCAUUAGGAGUCAUAGAGUUCUUUAAAAGAAUGGAUAUUGGCUCUUUGGAUAUGGGAGAUUGUCUAGCAAUUGGUGCUAUAUUUGCUGCAACAGAUUCUGUUUGCACAUUACAGGUGCUUAAUCAGGAUGAGACACCUCUCCUCUACAGUCUGGUAUUUGGGGAAGGUGUGGUGAAUGAUGCAACAUCAGUGGUUCUUUUCAAUGCAUUACAAAACUUCGACAUUACAAAUGUCAAUCCGACAAUUGCCCUGCACUUUAUUGGCAAUUUCUUGUAUUUAUUUUUUGCAAGUACUGCACUGGGAGCGCUAACGGGGCUGCUUAGUGCCUACAUUAUCAAAAAGCUGUAUUUUGGCAGGCACUCAACAGACCGUGAGGUUGGUCUUAUGAUUCUCAUGGCUUAUAUGUCAUAUAUGAUGGCUGAACUAUUCUAUUUAAGCGGGAUUCUAACUGUGUUUUUCUGCGGAAUUGUAAUGUCCCAUUACACAUGGCACAAUGUGACAGAGAGUUCUAGGAUCACCACUAAGCAUGCAUUCGCAACUUUGUCUUUCAUUGCCGAGACUUUUAUUUUCGUUUACGUUGGUAUGGAUGCUUUAGACAUUGAGAAGUGGGAGUUUGCGAGUGAGAGUCCGGGAACAUCAGUUGCAGUUAGUUCAUUACUGCUAGGCCUAGUUUUGGUUGGUAGAGCAGCUUUUGUUUAUCCCCUAUCCUUCUUAUCUAACCUAGCUAAGAAAUCUCCAACUGAAAAGAUCAGCUUCAAGCAACAAGUUAUUAUAUGGUGGGCUGGUCUUAUGAGGGGGGCUGUGUCUAUGGCUCUUGCUUAUAAAAAGUUCACUAGCUUGGGUCAUACUCAGUUGCGCGGAAAUGCAACUAUGAUAACCAGCACGAUCACUGUUGUGUUGUUUAGCACAGUGGUGUUCGGCUUAUUGACCAAACCUCUUAUACGGUUGUUACUGCCCCAAAAACAGCCAGGCAGCAGCAUAUCGUCAUCAGGCUGCGCAACUCCAAAUUCGCUUUCAGCACCUCUUCUUGAAGUUGAUCUUGGCGGCCACCACUCCAACAACCUGCGCUUGCUCUUGUCGACUCCAAGUCGCAGCGUGCACCGCCUCUGGCGCAAGUUUGACGACACCUUCAUGCGGCCGGUGUUCGGUGGCCGGGGCUUUGUUCCCUGCUCACCAACAGAACUCAAUGGUACUGCAUAACGGAAAUGACAAGAGGAAGAGAGAACGGGCAAUGUGUACAAAGAAAGACAGGUUAGCUGUAUGCACAGCUUGAUGGUUGCACAUGAACUGCACUAUGCAAUAAUGCCUGUAGUGUGCAUUGUGUAUAUCUUAUCCAAGUUGAUAGUCGUACUUGUGAAAAUGACAAUUUAACAGCGUAUUUAGUUCCCAUUUGGGCGUUGAUCACAACAGCGUAGGCUGCAUUCACGUUUCAGUUUUCUGUUUUUGUUUGCGACUUUGUGUUGGUCGCCAAUUAAUUAACUAAAUACAUAAAAGGUAAUAGCGUUGUAUUGUUGUUUGUAGAUGGAUCUAAUUUUAAGUGGGUGAAGCAA